UUGGGAUCUUCUACGCCCACCUGAGACAACAAAGUGAGCCUUUAUAUAAGGCAACAUCUUCAUCAUUGUGGCACCAACUGAGAUGGCGCUGUUAACAUCCGAAACUUCCUUCACUCAUCCUUCCCUCUUUAUUUCCAAAUGGAAGCCAUCACUUUUCCUUCAUCAUAAGACUGAGAAAAAAUAAACAUGCGAAAGCCCCUGCGCCGCCGCCGCCGCCGAAUCCUCUUUUCGUGGGAGUAGAAGAAGCGCGCACGCACAGCCUGCUCGCCCUCCAGCCUGCGUGUUUUACGUGCUGCGUUAGCACGUCGUCGCCCGGUGGCGCGGGUUUUUGGAAAAGACGACGGGAGAGUGUUGGCGCGAGAGUGACGGGGGAGGAAGUGGCCGAGUGACCGGGGGCAGCGGCUAACGGCGGCGGCGCGAGGGUAACCGGGGGCAGCGGCUAACGGCGGCGGCGCGAGGGUAACCGGGGGCAGCGGCUAACGGCGGCGGCGCGAGUGUGACCGGGGGCAGCGGCUAACGGCGGCGGCGCGAGAGUGACCGAGGCGGCGGCGCGGAGAGGUCGCGCGCAGGGUGAGGGCCUGAAGCUUCGUUGGACGGUUUAUCUUGAGUUCCACAAUGGCAAUGCAAACACGAGCUGAGGAGAACACUGCAGCUGAAGAGGAAAAUUUCGGGCCACAAGCUAUAUCACGUUUGGAGCAAUGUGGGAUCAGUGCUAAUGAUGUGAAGAAGCUUGAAGAGGCUGGUUUCCAUACUGUGGAGGCAGUGGCCUAUGCCCCAAAGAAGGAACUGCUAAAUAUCAAGGGUAUCAGUGAAGCUAAAGCAGAGAAGAUUCUGGCUGAGGCAGCAAAACUUGUACCAAUGGGAUUUACUACUGCUACAGAGUUUCAUCAGAGGCGCUCAGAAAUCAUCCAGGUCACUACGGGGUCCAAGGAACUUGAUAAACUUCUACAAGGUGGGAUAGAGACUGGUUCAAUCACUGAGAUGUUUGGAGAAUUUCGUACUGGGAAGACCCAGCUCUGUCAUACAUUGGCAGUGACGUGUCAGUUACCCAUUGACCGUGGUGGUGGAGAGGGAAAAGCUAUGUACAUUGAUACUGAAGGUACAUUCCGCCCAGAACGCCUCCUUGCUGUUGCUGAAAGAUACAACCUUUCAGGAAGUGAUGUACUGGACAAUGUUGCGUAUGCUCGGGCUUUCAACACUGAUCAUCAGACCCAGCUGUUGUAUCAAGCAUCUGCUAUGAUGACAGAAUCCAGAUAUGCCUUGUUAAUUGUGGACAGUGCAACGGCCUUGUAUAGGACAGACUACUCUGGUAGGGGCGAGCUAUCUGCCAGGCAGAUGCAUCUUGCACGGUUUCUACGAAUGUUGUUGCGACUGGCAGAUGAGUUUGGGGUAGCUGUUGUAAUAACUAACCAGGUGGUGGCCCAGGUUGAUGGGGCAGCCAUGUUUGCCGCGGAUCCAAAAAAGCCGAUUGGUGGAAACAUCAUUGCCCAUGCAUCUACGACAAGAUUGUACUUAAGGAAAGGUCGAGGUGAAACACGAAUCUGUAAAAUUUAUGACUCCCCUUGUCUGCCUGAGGCCGAGGCUAUGUUUGCUAUCAAUCCUGAUGGAGUUGGUGAUGCCAAAGACUAAACGUGAAUGACCCUUCCUGUUCUUGUGCUGGAAGCUAUUGACAGCAAGAAAAAUCCCAGGAUAAUCAGUAAUGCUAUUUUGUGACUUCACACUACAUGUUGAGAGUUGUGCUUGGAAAAUUUGACUACUUUUCACUUUGGAAAGCCACAUUGGAUUGCUAAUGUUCCAGGCAGAUCCAAAAUUAAAAUGGGUCCAUGGGGAAUAUAAUUUAUUUCAAACCCAUGUUUGUUUUGUUUGGAUGAGGUGAAAGUCAGCAGAGAAGACUACAUUGGACACAGAUUUAUUGAGUUUGCCUUAAAUCAUUUUCUGAUUGACCAGCUGUAGUUUAAGCCAAAGCCUACAUAACUUGAGGCUUUGGUCUGACGGAUCACCACUGUAGAAGUCAUUGGUAAUAAAGUGGAGAACCUGUUGAACACAAUGAGGAAUGAUAACUGGCACUGAAUGCAAGGCUACUUGUGGUUUGCCAAGUAUUUUAGAUGGAGGAAGAAUGAACCAUAUAGUAACCAUGGAACCUUCCUAUUAAAAUGGCUCCCCUUAUCCUUAUAGUGGAUCAAUGAAUGAAACAAUUUUGCAGAAAUAUGUACUGAUAAAAAGCAGAUUUCCCUUUGGUUUUUUUUCUGUUCUAAUACAAGGGUGUAAAAAAAAAUGGGUGCAUAAUUCUUUUAGGGUAACUGCAAACAAUUCUGUUAACAGCAAUUUGCUGUGCUUUUUGUUGCUUUUUUGGUGCACCCUUAACAGGGUGUCAUUUACCUUUUAUAAGCAAAGCUAAAAGAAUUCUUAAUAAUGCAAGUCUCGAAAUACAAAUAAACUAUUUUGGCAAUUUAAGUGUACAAAUCUUGCUUGGCAUUAUUAACUUCCUUCAGCACAAGAAGCAUGUGAACAAAAUAAAGGAAUUUUCUUUUUAACCAGAAUAUUCCUCUAUAGGUAUAGGAGGGUUAUUUACAGUAAAAUCUUCACAUUCCCCCCAAUGAUGUGUCUCAGCCGCAACCUCUGAAAGGUGGUGUUAGCUUUAACAUUGUGACAAUACAGCCAUUUCUUGCAUCAGUCAAACUGUGCUGUCUUAAAUUAAUAUCACUGAUUAAUUUUGUGCCAUGUAUAUGUUUCAGUAAAGAACAGCUGGGACCCAAAGGUGAAAGACAUUGCUUGAAUGUUUUGUAUAGAUUUGAUGGCAUCUGCACCAAGUAUUGUUCAGUCUGAAACAUUGGUAUGUUGUACUGCUCUGUUGUAUUUUGGUUAUUUGAGUUUGAUGCAGAGGAGUGAUCUUACCUUGUAGCCUUCAGCCUAGUCAGUGGACAGCUGACAAUACAGGUGUACUUGUGUAGAAUUUGCAGCUCAGAAAUAGCUGACUUGGUCCAACUAGUCCAGCACCAUUCAUGUACCACACUACCAUACUUUGCCUUCAUCUUUAGCAUUUAUUUCUCCUUCAUCAUUAUGAAACUAUGUCUUGAAUGCAUUUAACCUGAUGGCCUUCAUCCUAGGAUCUUAAAGUGGCUGCCAGAGAGAGUGGGUAGAUUGGUUGUGAAUUUAGGAAAGUUCCCAAGAAUCGUAAAAGUCUCAAUGAACUGAAAAAUCACUAGUAAUGUCCCGAUUCAAGAAAUCAGGGAAACCAAGUACUGGAUGGUUUAAUGUCAUUGGGGAAAAUGCUGGAAUCCAUUAUUAAAAGAAGCAGUAGCUGGAUAUUUAGAAUGUUAAAAUACAGUCAAGAAAGGGAAAUUGUGUCUGACAAAUUUAUUAGAGUUCUAUAAGUAGGUAAUUGGCUUGUUUUUUUUUAAAAAAAAACGAAGUGAAAUUAAUUUCCAAGAUAAGACACCACAAAAGUUUGCUGCAAAAGGUAAGAGCUUAUAGUAUUGUGUGUUAUAUAUUGGCAUGUAUAGGUGUUUGACUAAUAAAAGAUUUGGGAUAAAUGGGUAAUUUUCUGGUUGGCAAGCUACAACUAGUAAGGUGCCAUGGGGAUCAGGCUGGUGCCUCGUCUAUUUAUAAUCUAUAAUCAAAUUUAGAUGUAGGGAAUGAAUACAAUAUAUCAUAGAUGGCUAAUGAUACAAAUAUGGAAGGGAAAGUAAAAUGGUCUAUUUAUCCAUUUCUUUAAUUUCUGUUUAUCCAAUCCUUGCUGUUCGUGUUUGUGUAUUUAUAAUGUAUUACUGAAGAGCAGAUUGUACUACUCUCCACCUUGAGCCUGCUCUGCCAUUUAAUAAAAUCAUAGUUAAUUGC